AAAGUGGGGGAUGGCGGGCCCACGAACAAUAUAUAAGCCCUCCCGCAUCCUUAAUUUCGAGUUAGUCUGAUAUAUUUAUACCAGUCCUAUAGACAAAAGUCGUCGCUAUGAAGGUAAUUAUCUUACUGGCGGUUAUCGGAUCAUCCGCGACAGCCCUGGUCCCCGUAGGUCCCUUGGAAUAUCCAAAUUUGAUCUCAACGCGUCGUACAGAGUUUCCUACCCAACGUCUGGAUGUGACUGCGUUGGAUGACAACCUUUCUCAACAAUACAUUCUGUACAACGUCCCUCAGAUUAACACAGCUGUCAGGACCGUACCAAUGGCCGUAUUUGCGAAUGGUAGACCUACUAUAGCACAUGUUCCAACCGCUUAUAAUUAUUAUGGAACGCCAGUCUACGAUUUCCGAUUUCCCUACACCCCGCUCUAUCCGGCCGGGUCGAAGCCACCAGUUCCGGAAUACAUUCCAAGACCAGGAAUACCACAGCCGCCGAUUAAACCUGUAGAUUACGAUGACAACGAUGACGAAGAAGACAAUGACGGCGGUGGCAUAGAAAAAUUGGACGAAAAAGUUGAACCGGGAUACGAUCCUCUGGGCGAAGCAGCCAGCGCGGCGAACAACGAGGACGCCUCUAACGAAAAUGACUCUGUUAUCAUAGAAGCUGCGUGAAAAACUUCACUUCAAUUUUCUUAUCUUAUUACGUCAAGAUUUA